AUGAAGACGCUGGCCGUGUUUCUACUCAUCUGUGCUGUGACGGCUCUGACUAACGCCGCUGAAGCAGAACCUGAGAAAAUGAUGGAGGAACCAUUGGUUGAAGAAACUUUUCCAGAAGCAGGGCCUGAGGAAAUGGCUGAGGAACUAUUCGUUGAAGAACCGUUCGUUGAAGAAGAUUUGUUUGCAGAUGACAGCGUCCCCUUCCAGAGAUCAAAUCAUUGUCCCGGUGGUUGGAGUCUUUACAACAAUCGCUGUUUCCUCUAUGUUCAUGCAACAAUGACUUGGGCCUACGCUGAGAGGAACUGCCAGGCUCGAGGUGGAAACCUUGCCUCAGUGCACAGCUUUAGUGAGUAUCGGUUCAUUCAGGGGAUGAUAUACAGGAGAACUAACGGGUAUCCAAGCACAUGGCUUGGAGGCUCAGACGCACAACACGAGGGAGUUUGGCUGUGGAGUGAUGGAUCACGUUUCUCCAACAUCAACUGGUGUCCUGGAGAGCCAAACAAUGAUAGGUCGCAGCAUUGUCUACAGAUGAACUAUGGAGGUCAAAGGUGCUGGGACGACCUCUGGUGCUGGGGCCAUCGCCCAUUCGUCUGUGCCAGAAAUCUUUGA